AUGUACCAAUCGUGGCUGGGAGUGGAGCGAUGGUUCAUCUACGACAACAACAGCGACGACGGGCUACAAGACGUCGCCGACGAGCUCAACAAGCGGAAUCACAAUGUCUCCAGGCACGUCUGGCCGUGGAUCAAAGUGCAGGAGGCAGGGUUCUCGCAUUGUGCUCUGAGAGCAAAGUACGAGUGCAAGUGGGUCGGCUUCUUCAACGUCGACGAGUUCUUCUACUUCCCUCACUACAGUGGCCAAACCCCCUUGCCAGGGCAGAACUCGCUCCGCGCCAUGGUCUCGAACUACACCGAUUCGCCCACGAUCGCGGAGGUGAGGACAAUGUGCCACAGCUUCGGCCCAUCGGGGCUGACAGAACCGCCGAAGCAAGGUGUGACGGUAGGUUACACUUGCAGGCUGCAGGCUCCUGAAAGGCACAAGUCCUUCGUCCGACCGGACCUUCUCGACAUGACGCUGCUGAACAUUGUGCAUCACUUCAAGCUGAAGGAAGGGUACAAGUCGACGAACGUGGCGGAGGGGACGGCGGUGAUCAACCACUACAAGUACCAGGUGUGGGACACUUUCAAGGCCAAGUUUUUCAGGAGGGUUUCGACCUAUGUGACCAACUGGCAGGACGAUCACAUGUAUUUGUGUUGA